AUGACUGGAGCGUCUUCAUCGCGUGCCGUACCGCCAAACAUCAACCCGAUCAAGCGUCACCAAGACGGGGAGGAAGGCAGCACGAAGAAGAAGAAGCAGAAACGCAAGGGAGGCAAGGCUUGUGUCUACUGUCGCCGCUCACACAUGGUGUGCGAGGGAGGACGCCCCUGCGAGCGCUGUAUCAAGCGCGAUAUCGCCCAUCUCUGUCGCGACGUGACCCCGCCGAAUGCAAAGAAGAACGCCGAGCAGCAGCAGAUCAGUGCCCCGGCGCCCGUCGUCCCCAAGACAGAGCCCGGACGGCUUAUCUACGACUCAAACUCGUCCGCGUGGCCGCUGCUUCCAGACGCAUCGACUGCCGAUGCCAUCGACCUGGGAAUACUGGCGAGGGAAGCUGGGAACCAGCACCUUGCGCAGCCGCCGCACCAGCAGCCGCUCGACUGGGCACAAGCUGCUGCGCCGAAUAACAACAAUGGCGAGUUCGGAAUACUUUCUGAUAUGCUCAAGACGCUCCGCAUGCCUCAGAUACCCGGUUUCGUUGACGUCCUGAACCAGGCCAUGCGUCAGCAGACUCAGCAGCAACAGCUCGUCGCCGCUGCACAGGCUCUCGGACAGCCCCAGCUCGCUCAGCAGGUCGGUCUCGCCGGACCCUCAAAUCAGGCGAACCAGAUGAAUGGCAAGGGCAAAGCGCGCGCCGAACCGCUCAAGAGCAUCUCCCGUUUCGAGCAAUACCUCCUCGCUGCCGCCGAUCAGCCAAGCGGUUCUCGUGCUUCGCGUCUGACGCAAGUCAUCCAGGCCAAGUACGAGGCUGGUCUCCUCAAGCCCUACGACUACGUCAAGGGCUACGAGCGCAUGCACCGCUGGAUGGACAGCGGUCGUGCCAAGCCGCUAGACUCGUCGUCGCGACCAGGUUCGCCCUCGAAGCCCGGCCGCAAGCUCGCCCCUCCCCCGCCAAGUGGAAGCAGCAUCUCGCCAGAGUCGCGCCGCCGUAUCCUUGCCGCUCUCGAGGUCUUCCGUCCGAAAUUCAGGAAGAUGGCGAAGGAGCUGACAGACAUCGACCUCGUAUUCGUCGAGGAAGCGAACGAGCGUCUCAUGCUGCAAUACGACCGUACUCUGGCGUCGAUCCACACGCCGAGUUGCAUCUGGCGCCGUACGGGCGAAAUCCACAAGGCGAACCAGGAGUUCGCCAAGCUGACUGGCAUCCCCGCCAAGCUGUUCCGGAGCGGACAGCUCUGCGUUUAUGAGCUCAUGGACGAGGACAGUGCCGUGCGAUUCUGGGAGAACUUUGGAAAGGUAGCGUCCGAGAAGGUCGCAUGUGUACACGCACUGCACGCUCAAGAUCCCGCUCUCGCUCACGCGCCCGCAACCGAGCGCGACCCAGGUCAACACGCCAGCAACGCCGAGCAUGAACCUGAACCUGACGCAUGUGCCGGACCUGCACCUCCCGCAGGCCCUGUCGACGCUGCCGGGCACGCCGAGUGCGCACUCUGGCCAGAUCGAGGAGGAGUACAAGGUCAUCAAGACUCGCGAUCAUGGGCCAGUGGAUCUGAUCCCAUCGCGCACGCCCAGCCAUGCGCAAUGUGGGCCAAGCUCGCCCCCUUUACCCCCUUUUCCCCACACUACUCUCAACCGAACACCGAUAAGCCUACUAGCAGCACGGCGUUGUCACCACCUCUACUUCACCGCAAUAUCGCCCGAAUUCCCACUGCCACCAUCUCCCAGCUCGAGGACGUUGAACAGAUAUUGUACCACCAGCAAAAGCCAGUAGUCACAAUGCAUAUGUGCUGCCUAACAGCCGGCGAAGCCGGCGCUGCGUCUAUGGCAUCACGUGGCGAAGGCAGACCAUGCGUCACACCACACCCAGGAUGUGAUGAGGUGAUCCCCAUCCGUGCCGGAGUGUCACUUGUUGCGUGGGUCAGGACUCCCACAUUUCUAAGCGAGCGCCCGAGAGCGCCGUCCGCGGCGUGA